UCUUAAAAAGAUUACUUAUCAUCUCUACUAAAUACAACCUCAUAGAGUCGACAUGGCUUGCAAAAACAAUCUUGUUGUGAAGCAGAUCAUCGAGUUAUACGACCAAAUCUCAAAGCUUGAGAGUUUGAAACCUUCAAAAAAUGUCGACACUUUGUUCGGACAGCUCGUGUCCACGUGCUUACCCACGGACACAAACAUCAAUGUCACAAAGAUGAGUGAAGAAGUCAAAGACAUGAGAUCAAACCUCAUCAAGCUAUGUGGUGAAGCUGAAGGUUAUUUAGAGCAACACUUCUCCACAAUCUUGGGAUCUUUAUUACAAGAAGAUCAAAACCCACUUGACCAUUUAAACAUCUUUCCUUACUACAACAACUACCUCAAGCUAGGCAAACUCGAGUUCGAUCUCUUGAGUCAACACUCCAGCCAUGUUCCCACCAAGAUUGCCUUCAUUGGCUCCGGACCAAUGCCUCUCACAUCCAUCGUCUUGGCUAAGUUUCACCUCCCGAACACAACGUUCCACAACUUUGACAUCGAUGCACACGCAAACACACUCGCUUCAGCCCUCGUCUCACGCGAUCCUGACCUCUCAAAACGUAUGAUCUUUCACACAACGGACGUGCUAAACGCUACAGAAGGGCUAGACCAAUACGACGUAGUUUUCUUGGCGGCUCUAGUGGGAAUGGACAAAGAGGCAAAGGUUAAAGCCAUCGAGCACUUGGAGAAACACAUGGCUCCUGGAGCUGUACUCAUGCUAAGGAGUGCUCAUGCUCUUAGAGCUUUCUUGUACCCAAUCAUUGACUCCUCUGACCUCAAAGGCUUCCAGCUUUUGACCAUCUUUCAUCCUACCGAUGACGUGGUUAACUCGGUUGUGAUCGCACGUAAGCUCGGUGGUUCGAACACGAACGGGGUUACACGUGGCUGCAUGUUCAUGCCGUGUAACUGUUCCAAGGUCCAUGCGAUUAUGAACAAUCGUUGCAAGAAGAAUAAGAUGAUCGAGGAGUUUAGUGCCAUCGAGUAACUAAAGCAAAUUAAAAUAAAAUAAUGAACACAUCUCAUCUCUUGAGGUUAAAGUGUUCAAUGUUUUUGUCUUAUAUUAAUUUUAUCUUUUCAUUUUCAUUUGAUUUUGUGUGUUUUCAUUUCAGUUGAU